AUGGAUAAUGUGAAGCGUCUCCACACACGUCCAGCUCUUCUCAAUGUGUGUGUGUGCUCGGCGGCUUUUUUUCGCCUCGUUUUUUGUUCGUUUUUGCAUUUCUUCGGCGGCUCGACUCGGAUGGAGACGCCCCAGAGGCGCGCCCCGGUCGCCGGUAUAAAUGGCCGUCCGUGCCGCCGGAAACCUCACUUCGACCGCCUUCCCAAUUUUUAUAUAUUCUCAUCGGGUCUCUUUAUUUUGAUCAUUUAUCUAUCCCUGUAGUGCUUGGAAGUCCUCUUUUUUUCACAAAGUUCAAAAGGACGGCUUUUUCAAAGUGAAACCAGGACGAUCAAAAAGAGGGAUCUACAGUAACCACAGUAAUUUUUUAUUGAAUCAGUUAGUGGGGAAUAGUCCAUUAUGCGAUUCGUCUAGACUCCUUUCAAGAACUUUAAGCAAACCUUCUGAGAUUGACCUUCAAAAAAAGACUGUUUCGAGACCCAAUUUCGACCUUUGUGCCUUGAAAUAGCCUUCUUGAGUCGAGGGGAUCAUUCAGGAUCCGAUUUCUGACCUCGGAUCAUUCCUUUGCCUUUCUUGAAGCUUCCAAAAUUUCUUUUUUCACGAAAACGGGAGGGGGGCUCUUUCGAAGUGAACCUAGGACGAUUAAAAAGAGGGUUCUACAGUAACCACAGUAAUAUUUUAUUGAAUCAGUUACCCUUUUUAAGCCAGAAAGAUCUUUUUCGAAACGUCCAAUGGGAUCCGAAUUCGGACCUUUGACCAUUCCUUUGCCUUUCUUGAAGCUUCGAAGAUCUCUUUUUUCACGAAAGGGGGACGUUUUCAGUGUACCUAGGACAAUCAAAAAUAGGAAUCUACAGUAGCCAUAGUAUCAUUUCUUUGGUUAAUUUUUCGAAAACCUUAUUUGCUCCUUUUUGAGUGUUUUUAAUCAACUUUUAGUGAAGAAAAUUGAAAAAAAUAAAGGCAAAAAAAUAUUUUUCUUUCCCUUUGGUUUACUCAUUUUUUUCAACAUCAAGCUUCCAAAAUGAGCUCCGUUUUCUGAUUUUGUAGUUUCUGAACAAUGAUCCUUUUUUCGAAAAUUGCUCUUUCGACUUUUUUCUGCUCUCUAGCCUUCACAAAACUCGAUCUUUCCAGGAAAACCCGAGGAAAUGCUCCGGUCAGCGGUCUGUGCGGUCAUCGUCGCCCUCGCGGCUGCCCAAGUUCCAGGUAUUCCGCCCAAUCGAGCCUUUUUUUCUGAAUUUUGCGCUUUUCAUGUAGUUUCCUUGAGUAGAGAUUGCUGAAGAGGUCAAAAAUUGAGCUUUUCGAUUUCUGCCGUUCUUUGCCUUUCACAGUUGAGAAUAAAAAUAUAGCUUCAGAAAAUUUAGAAGCCCAUUCCUUCUAAUUUCCGCUACACGAAGCAUUUAUUUAUGCCUUUUUUCCUGUUUUCCUCCCUUUGGAAAAACGGAAUUAAGCGAAGAAUAAUUGAGUCGUCGGCUUAAUUCUUGAUUUUGUAGAGGCCUUCUUCGAUUCGCAUCAAAUUAAAAGGCUUUCUGGGGGCUUGAAAUGAGGGAAAUGUGAUUUUUGAAGGUGUUUCACUAGAAAUUAGCUAUGAAAAAGCUUUUUUUCACGAAGUCUUUGGCUACUUAUAAUAACUUUCUAACGUUCUUAAGGGAUUUUAUGAACAAAAUUGGACUUAAAAAACACUUUUUUGAACUUUGUAUGCAGUUUCGUUGGUUCUCAGCCAUUUUGAAGCAUUCUUUUUGAUCAAAUUACUUUCAAAAGUUCGAUUUUUAGGCUCCAGAGCAGUUUAAAACGAAAUUUAACCUUUUUUCCGGUUUUUUUUCCGAUUAAAAAUCGCUCAAUCUGAUGCAUUUCAAACUGAACUGUACUUUGCUUCAGUAUCCAGUUCAAAUUCCAAAAUUUCAACUCCAAAAAAGCUUCCGGAACGUGUGUCGGCAAACACUUGCGGCCGUAUUUGCUCCGCUUGUUUCCGCAUUUUUCGCCCCGGCAAAUAGAAUCGAAACGCCGAUUUCAAAACAAAACAUUGGCCGGUUUCUGUUUCUAUUGUCCAUGGCAGGGAGCCAAAAAAUAGUUGCCAUGGAAGCCAGCUGCGCUGGGAAGAAAGUGCGCUCCAACGAACUUUUUUAAAAUGAAUUUUUCGGAAGUCGAUAGGAAAAAAAGAUGAAUUUCCUUUGUUUCAAUCGCAGAAGAAUCGUUGUAAAAAAAAUCAUGGAGAUUCACGACACUAUUUUUUUCUUUUUAAAAAUGUUUUGUAAUCUUUUUCACUUCUAAUAAUAGAAAAAUGAUCGUUGAAGAAUCAAAAAUCCUCAAAAAAUCAGCACUGACUUUCAAAAAUCCAUUAAAAUGCUCACAAAUGCAGUUUUAACCUUGAAAAUUGUAGAAAAAUUCAAUUUACGGACUGUAAAUACUCACAAAUUCAUUAUUAUCACAUAAAAAACGAAGAAAAGGUUCAAUAUUCACAUCAAAAAUGGAAAAAAGGAUCAAAAGCCCACAUUUUCUCACAGAAAGCUUCCAUCUUUUUUGAAAAACCUAAAUUAUCUUCUUCAGUAUCCUUCGAAAAUCUAUACGGAUCACAAGAAGCUACCAAAAGCUCACCCCCACCACGACCCCCUCACCCAACCUUAACCCAACUUCUAGCCUGGUCAUCUCUUUACGGUGGCUUUCCAGUGGCUCCGAUGUACUCGGCCUGCGGCCCGACGGUCGCCUGCGCGGCGCCUUCCGUCUGCCAAGCGUCGGUCUGCGUCCCAGUAGCCGCCGCUCCGCCAGUCCUCGCUGCUCCCGCUCCAGUCCCGAUGUACGCCCCGGCCCCGGUCCCUGUCCCGGCCCCAGUCGCCGCUCCGAUGUACGCCCCGGCCCCGGCUCCAGUCUACGCCCCGGCCCCGGCGCCACUCCUCGCCCCGGCUCCAGCUCCUCUCUUGGCUCCUCCAGCUCCAGUCGUCGCCGCUGCUCCCGCCUGCGCCCCAGCCUGUCUCGGAGCCGCUCAGUGAGUUUCAUCAAAUCUCUUGAUUACGGAGUUUGAGAGCUUGAACUCUUCGAAAAAAGACUUUUGGGCUUAUGGAGAGCUUCAUGAGUCAGUCUUCAGGCAUUAGUUAGAACUUUUGAAGCAGCCUAGGCUUCUCAAAGAUUCUAGGAGAUUUAGGAGGUCUUUUUGAGAAUCUUGAGAUGGAACAUGAGGUCUUUUUUGUAUUGUGAAAAAAAGUAGAACAACCUUAAUGUUCUGGAACUUUUUUGGGCCCGAAAAGGGGCAGAAUUUUGAAAGCUUGGAACUUCUCAGAAGCUUGUUCCGUUCUAAACGCAUACUUGCAAGAACUCUUCUGAAGUUUUUUCCGGUUAGAUACAAUUUUUGAGUGCUUCUUGAAAAAUUCAGAGCUUUAGCUGGUAUUCGGGUAGAACCGGACGCUUCCAGGCUUGGUAUAGAAAAUAUUGUGAGCUUGAUCUGUUUUGAAACGGUACUCAAACCUUUUUCAAGCCUAAGAUAACUCCUAGGAUCUUCCAAAAGAGUCCCAGAGGAUUAUCCUUCUCAGAAAGCCGACUAUACCCCACCCACGUUCAGAUGCGUCGCCGGAGCCUGCCAGUGCGCCCAGCCAGCGAUCGCCUACUCGCCAGUCAUCGGCUGCUCGCCCCAGAUCCCGGUCGCUCCAGUGCCAGUCGCCCCCGCUCCAGUCAUUGCCGGCCGUCUGAUCCCUCAGGCCCUCCCCGGAGCCCCAUGCGAGCCCGGAGUCGAGUGCACCGGCGGCUCGGUCUGCUCCGUCGGCGUCUGCCUCUGCCCACCUGAGCUCGUCCAGGAAGGCACCGUCUGCGUCGCCCGCACCAUCUACGGCGUCGUCCCGCCACCGACCAUCGUCGUUCCAGCCCCCGUCGUCGCCCCCGUCGCCCCACUCGUACCGGUUUGACCUUCUAUUUUUUCUUGGCAUACAAGAGAAACUCCCAUAGCCCACUUAUACCCCUGAAAAGAACCCAAGAACCAAGAAAUUCUCCCAGGUCGCCCUCGGAUCACCCUGCGCCCCAGUCGCCGCCGCCCCACCAUGUGUUUCCGGCGCCGUCUGCUCCUCGGGAGUCUGCCAGUGCGGACCCGCCUUCACCCCAGUCCCCGGAGGCUGCGUCCGACGACGUGAGAACCUUUUUCCGACCUUCUAGAUGGUUUUGAGAGCUCGAAAAUGGUCAGAGUAGGUGUUGAAAAGGCUAGAAAGGGCUUUUUCCGAGCUUCAGAGUGAUUUUGAAGAUUUGAAUUCAGUUUAUCAUUGGAAGAAGGUUUUUUUUAGCAUUUUUUUUAAAGCUUCAGAAUUGCCUUUUGAAGUGAUUUUUAAGAUUUAAUACGACCGGAAAGCUGUGAAGAUACUAAUUUUCUUAAGAUUUAUGGUUAUUCCGAGCUUCAGACCGAUUUUAAAGCUUCAAAUUUGAUUUUCUGUUUCAAAAGAAGUCUUGAUUAGACUAGAAAAUAGUUUUCUUGAUUUAUCGUUUUCUCUGGGUUUCAAGGUGAUUUUUAAGGCUCUAAAUUUAAUUUAUUACUUCAAAAAAAGUCUUGAUCAGACUAGAAAGUGAUUUUUCUCAGAUAUUAAAAGCUCAUAAGAAAAAAAUGAAAAAAAGUCUUUUUUUGAGCUUUUUUUCGAAAAAUGUACAGAAAAGAUCUGAAAAAAAGUUUAUUUUUUUCUCCCUUUUUUUGUUAUAUUUCAAGUUAAAAAAAUUUUUCGCUCAUAGCUGAUUUAUUACUCCAAUUUCAACGUGAAACCUGAAAAGUUGAAUUCCGCGCUUUUUUCAAUUUCCAGUGUUUAAAAUCACUUUCCUGUAUCAUACUGAAUAUAGAAAAAGAACCUAAUAGUUUCCAUUCAGUAAUCGUACUUUGUCAAGAUUGAUUGAUUAUUACAGGACACCGCAAGGACGAGUCCAAGGAAGAGAAGCACUAA